AUGGAAAAGAGUGGGAAAUCCGAAGCCACAUUGCGUCGGUGUGCAAAAGCUGCACUGCUUCUCUAUGCCUUCAAUUCCUCAAACUCCCAACACCAGGAAAAGUGGGAGAGAGAAAUCCAUGACCUGAAAAUUGAAUUGGUGAAAGAGCGUUUCAUGAAGAAGAAGAUCAAGCUCUGUGCCUUGGCGGAGUUGUUCCUUCAGCUCCUCUUGUGUCUCUCCAUUUCCACCUUCCUCUUCUUCUACUUUCUUUGA